UGUGAAAUUAAAACCCUAUAAAUAUCAUCGCCCGUCGUGUCGUGCUGCGCCGCGCUCUCCUCCUCCUCCUCCUCCUACGCCGCCGCCGCCGCCGCCGCCGCCGUAGGCGACGAUGGGGUGCGAGGGUUCCUCCUUCGAGUCAUCGCCGGAGAUGGAAAGGUUCCUAUGCGAGAGGCUCCUCGAUCCCACCCACCCCAUCUCCGAGCGCUUCAGAGCCCUCUUCUCCCUCCGCAACCUCCGCGGCCCCGCCCCACGCGAUGCUCUCAUUCGCGGUACUAGGGAUUCUUCAAACUUGCUUGCACAUGAGGCUGCAUUUGCACUUGGACAAAUGCAGGACGCUGAAGCUAUUCCUGCUUUAGUGGCUGUUCUCAAAGAUCUCUCAUUACAUCCAAUUGUUCGUCAUGAGGCAGCUGAAGCCCUUGGAGCGAUUGGUUUGGAGAGCAAUAUUCCACUUCUGGAAGAGAGCUUGGCGACUGAUCCUGCUCGAGAGGUGCAAGAAACAUGUGAGUUAGCUCUUAGACGUAUAAAGGAGCAAAAUAGCAUGACCAGUGCUGAUAGCGAGCCUCCUUCAAAAUCGUCACCUUUUUUUUCGGUAGAUCCAGCAAUGCCUUCUAAACUCAAUUCUUCAAUUGAUCAGCUAAGGGAAACUCUCCUGAAUGAGGAAGAGAGCAUGUACGAGCGUUAUGCAGCUUUGUUUGCACUUAGGAAUGUCGGUGAAGAUGCAGCUGUUAGUGCUAUAAUUGCUUCUUUAGGUGCUAAAAGUGCUCUUUUGCGGCAUGAGGUUGCAUAUGUCCUGGGCCAGCUGCAAAAUAAAGCUGCUUCUGAUACACUCUCGGAGGUCCUUAAGAACAUGAAUGAGCAUCCAAUGGUGAGACACGAAGCUGCUGAAGCCCUUGGUUCCAUUGCAGAUAGUAAAAGCAUAGCACUUCUGGAGGAAUUUGCAAAGGAUCCUGAGCCCAUAGUGUCGCAGAGCUGUGAAGUGGCUCUUAGCAUGCUCGAAUAUGAAAGAUCUGGCAAGUCCUUCGAGUACCUCUUUUUGCAGACUCCUCAAGUGCAAUAGUGAUUUAUCCUGCGAGGCCUCCUCAGAGCGCGGCCGGUCUCACGAGAUAUGUGCUUUUUAUACACCAACUCAAUAUGACGUCACACCACUAUUUGGACUCAGUGUGGAAUGACUAGCAACUAUGUUACAUUCUUGUCGCUGAUUAGCAAAAUUUUUGUUGUCUUGUGCUUUAAUUCCAGUUAAACAUGCUGAACAACUGUCCCAAGUAAAAGAGAAGUAAUUUUAUCCACUAAUUUUAACAAUAUUUAUUGGUAGCAUGUCUUCUGCUUGGUUCAUAGAUGACCAACUUGGCAACUUAUGUAUGCAUUUGAAUAAAAUUAGUCCUGUUCGCGCAAA